UAAACAUCAACUUGACCAGGUUGUGAAUCAAAACAGCUUAGGCUGAUUUAGCUGCAAAUAUACAAAACUGUCUUUGAACGUAUUGAAAGUUACUGCGUUAAAAGUGUGAUAUUUACAUUUUUCUUACAAGUUGUUUUUUUAGCACUGAAUAUCAUUACCGAUUCACAAAUCAGAUGCACAUACACUUAACGCUUACGCGCAAAUCAGCUUCUGCGCAUGCGCGAUUUCCCCCAAGCAAGUCGCUGCUGUCCUUUUACACACAGCCUACCGGAAUCAAUACACAAUAGCGCACAAUAUGAGUUUCUCCACUGAAGAAAGAGGAAACCCUAACACUUUGAGUUAUAGGCUCUAUUUUAAGAACUCCGAUGGAAAGUAUAUUUCACCAUUCCAUGACAUACCUAUGUGUGCCGAUGAAUCUCAGAACAUUUUCCACAUGGUUGUUGAAGUACCAAGAUGGACAAAUGCAAAAAUGGAGAUUGCCACAAAAGACCCUCUGAACCCAAUUAAGCAAGAUGUGAAGAAGGGCAAUUUGCGCUAUGUGGCAAAUGUUUUCCCACACAAAGGCUAUAUUUGGAAUUAUGGAGCAAUCCCUCAAACUUGGGAAGACCCCGGGCACAAAGACAAUGACACAGGGUGUUGUGGUGACAAUGACCCGAUCGAUGUCUGUGAAAUUGGUAGCAAGGUGUGCAGUCGUGGAGAUGUUAUCAAAGUGAAAGUCCUGGGUGUCUUAGCAAUGAUUGAUGAAGGAGAAACUGACUGGAAAGUCAUUGCAAUCAAUGUUGAUGACCCUGAGGCAAAGGACUUGAACAGCAUUAGUGACGUGAGGAGACACAAGCCAGGCUACCUUGAGGCCACAGUUGACUGGUUCAGGAGGUACAAGGUACCUGAUGGGAAACCUGAAAACCAGUUUGCAUUUAACGGAGAGUUCAAAGACAAGAACUUUGCCAUUGAGACAAUCAAAGCCACCCAUGGCUUCUGGAAGGCACUUAUCUCACAACAAACCAAUGCUGGAGAACUAAACUGCAAGAACACGUGUGUCUCAGAGGGAGACAGUCCAUUCUGCUGUUCGGCAGAUGAAGCCAAAGCAGUUGUUGAUGGAUCAUGCCCAUGUGGAGAUUCCAGUCCAGUUCCAAGCUCAGUUGACAAGUGGUUCUACUAUGCAAAGAACUGAAGAACGUAACACUGUUAAUGCACCAGUAUGAUCAUGUUUAGAAUGUGCAUGUCAGUUUCUGUCUAGAAUAAUGGAUAUUAUUUGAAAACAUGGGCACUUAACAUAUUAUCUGGAGACUAAAUCUCAAAUUAACAGUUAGAGGAGCUAACCGAUGUCUUGCUAAGUUAUGUUGAUUUUGAUAAUGGUUAGAUAUUCUGUGUAACAGAUACUAAGGUUAGAGAUACUAAAUAGUCUGGUCAAACUCAGGUACUGUAAGAUGUGGAACAAAUGCUUUAAUAAACUUUUCUCAUAUGA